AUGCAUUCAAAAUUACUUGCCCUUUUAAUGAUGCUUACAUUGUUUUGCGCUUAUACGACAUCAGUCUUCAUUGGUAAAAAUGAAUGUGCAAAUCCAGCACCAUUUUGCGACGGUAUUCAGAUGGAUUGCUUUAUUGAUC